UUUCCUUGUUAUUUAAAUUUUAAUGUUUGAUAUUCUGUUAUAUAUUACGGAUUGCAACUUUAUUUGAUUUCUGAGUAUUUCGUACCUCAGAAAAUGCAAGGAUCUUGAACCCAAAAGAAAGAAGAUUUUUUAGAUGACUAGGAAAAAGGAGACUGCCAAGAACGCCGCCGCCUCGGAUUCUAAAGUCCAUGAUGUGGGCAUUGAGGGUAGUGAUAGAUUCAUGCUGUAAGUUCACACCUUAAAGCUACUAACUUGAACUAUGCAAAUUUCUUACUUCUUGGUAAUAGGAGACUUGGGGAAAGGGAUGGUAGAGUUGUUUAAUAUUUAAUAGGAUUGACAUAACAUAUCUAGCAGCUCUCGGUGUGAUUAAAUCUUAGUGGAAUGAUAGGACUUGUGGUCAUUUUAGCUCUAGAAGAUGAACCUUAAAAGAGAGUUUGGGAUGAUUCAAGCAGAAAUGUAUGUACGUGAUAGAGUAUAAGAAUCUUCUGUUUUGAUAGAUAAACAGCUAUAUACUUUUCUUAAGAAAACCGGACGCUGUGAGGUAAUUAAACUCAAUAUUAGGAGAAAAUUAUGUCUUAAUUUUUUGGCUUCAAAGGAUAGAAGCCAUGGAGAUGAUGGUGUGUAGUUAGUGGUGAGUAUUAUUUGAUGACUAUUUAUCUUAUUCGACAGGAAGGUGCCAAACGAGACCUUAGUGACAUAAGAUUUUGUUGUUGUUGGACUUUUUGUUAAAAUUGUUUUCUGAGUAGUGGCUGAUCCCUAACUGCGAAUUUCUUUUUUCCGUGAGUCUACCAAGAAAGUUGGUUCUAGGCAAGUGCCCUUUUAAAUUUGAUGGUUCGCGACUGGCCGUGAUUCCAUCGACUUUGCAUUUGAUGGUGGCAGUAUUUGGUUUAUGUCUUUUCUUCGCGCUAGGCCAACAAAUAAUCAGUUAAUUAGGUUGUGUAACCAGAAAAACGUCAGAUUGUGAAUUAAUUGUCUUAAGUUAAUUACUUGGCUUGCUUUCCAAAUAUUUUGGAGUUGUUUGUGAUUUUGUACGUAAAUUGUUACGUUUACCUUGGUUAUUCAUCCUAAUUGUUUGUGUUAUUCAAUGUUGGAAUUCUCAAUUGUAUUUUCUUUCUUGGGUAAUGCUAGAGAGACUAAAUUUAUGGACAAAAUUUUGUAAACUAAAGUACAGGAAGUCGACGAUUGGAAGGCCGAUCGAACAAACACGGAUCCGGAUAAGGUAGAUAUAUUAUGUUUAUGGUUGUAUCAUUGUUUUCGAGCAGGUUGCCAGAUUCACAAAUAUGAAACCUUUUCUAAUAAAUGUAGUGUCCAUAACUUUGUUAGUUUUUUUGUGUUGGUAUAGAACUUUACAUAAAAUUAUACGACAUUUGUAUAAAUGUGCGUUACUAUUUGGAGAUCUUCGGUGCAAGCGUGGUCACAUAUGUGAAUGACAAUACAAACGGUGUAUCCAAAAUCACAUUUGAAGACCAUAGAAGAACAACAGCGAAGUGUAUUAAAGGAUUGAAAGCAAAGGAAGCCAAAGACUACUACUUCUUCACCUGUAAAGUCAAACAUGACAGCGUCUUGAGUCCUUCCUUGGUCACAUUCAACGAGGAAAAUGGCGUUUGGAUCUUAUUGUACCAAAAAUUCAAUUGUUACAUCAACAAUUGGGACUUGAAGAAAGAAAUACCAGAUUCAACGUCCCGACAAAUGUGGUGGCUCAAAUCAAUCAAGAGAAUCCUGAAGAGCAUUGCGUCCACCCACAAACAGAAACUAACCCACUCUGGUAUGGACAGGCAUUCCAGUUAUGUCAUUCAAGACGGGGAAUUAAAACUUCUAAACAUCAAGUCUCAGAAUGCUACCAUGUCUGAAGCAAGCAUGAAGGACGACUUCAUACAAUUCAGAGACUUUCUAAGGGAAAGGUUGCCAAAGACAUGGAGGGGCCUAAACUUGUUUCUGGAUUUCUUCGACAAACCUAUAGAGUUCGAAAGCUAUGUUGAAAAACUCAUUAGACACCCUUUCCUCAUGAGUUCUCAGAACAGACUGAAGUACUUUUUCAGGAUAGAUCAGGCCUUUGAACAAAAUAUUAUAUCUCAACAUCACUUUGGAAAGAGUUUCAAAGAUGGUCAUUUUUCGGGGUAUAUGGGCUGGAAUUCAACCAGAAUGUACAACCGCAUGAGUCAAGACCUAAAAGCCACUAUCGAUUAUGGGAAAAGUCAUUGGAUAACUUACGAAGGUCAUCUGUUGGUUACGCUUGUUAUGUUUUUGAGGAAUGUCUAUGUGCACCGUGCCAAUUCUGGGAACUAUGAGCUUCUUGACAAGGAGGUCAAUAGAUUAUAUCCUGGAUUUUUAAGCAAUUUGCAUGAGUUAUUGCCAUCAAAUGAAGAACUGAAUCGACCAACCAUCCAAAUGGAAGCAGAAGGAGAAGCAGGCCAGGGUCCAAGCUUGAGGUUAUUACAAGGGUAGUUUUGGAUGAGACAAGCAUUCGCUAGAAUUAUAGAAUAGGAUAAUGCUUGUUGCAGUAUUAAUUUAUGUUUGGCAAAAAUAUUGUUUGAUUUAUUACAAAUGUUUUUUUUCUUUUAAUCUCAGAUGUAUUAGUUUAAACUUACGGCAGUAUUUAUCAUAGUAUUAGUAAACAUAAUUCAAAUCAUAAGCAAGUUGGAGUUUUGUCUUC